AUGUUCGCACUUAUUCGUUUAUACAUCGUAAUUUUUCUCUUUGAGUAUACUUUAUCUGAAGAUAUUUUACUUCCAUCAUUUCUUACAAGUAAUCAAUCAUUUUCAUCAUCGACAACAUCACUUUAUCUCUGUCAUGUACAUCAAUUAAAUAAUUCAAAAGAAUUUUUUCUUCAAGGUUACAAUAUAGUUAAUGGAGGAAAUACAAGUUAUGUUCACCAUUUACUUCUUUAUGAAUGUUCGAUCAAGGAUAAACUCAUUUAUUCAGGAUUGUGUGGAAUGUAUAGUGUUCGUUUAAUGCCUCGAUCUGUGUAUCGUAAUUGUCAAACGCGUAUUAUUAUAGCAUGGGCAAAAGGUGGUCAACUAAAAUAUGAUUAUCCAAUAAGUACAGGAUUAAAAAUGACUUCACAUACUCAACUUCUACUUGAAGUACAUUUUGAAUCAAUGAUUCCAUCUAAUCAUUCUAUUGGUGUUCAUUUACGUUUUUAUCCAAAAGAUAUAAAACCUCAAUAUGAAAUAGGUGUUUUAACAUUAGGAACAUUAGCUCGAUCUCCUCUAUUUCUACCUCCACGUCUCAAUCAAAUACGUUUUCCAACGUAUUGUGUUAAUGAUUGUUUAAAAUAUUAUCUUCAAAAUAAUCAUACAAUGAAUAUUUUUUCUAUACUUGUACAUGCACAUAAACGUGCAACUCGUAUUAUUCUCAAAGAAAAUAAUUUCAAUCGAUUAAUUGAUCGAAAUCCAUUUGAAUUUCAUCGACAAGAAAUUGUUUAUUAUAAUAAACCAUAUCCACAAAUAAAUUCAUCAAAUGAACUUUCUCUAAUAUGUUAUUAUUCAACAAAAAAUGAUUACUCAAAAGGUAUUUAUGGUGGUCAUGAUUCAAAUGAUGAAAUGUGUCAAGCAUUUCUUUAUUACUAUCCGAAAAUUGAAUCAUUUCCUUUAUGUCUUUCAAUACCCGUUUAUAAAAAUAAAAAUAUUCUCAAUAAUAAUCAAAAUUGGUCACUCAAACGAAGUCUAUUAAUUAAUAAUCAAUUAGAAUUAAACUUCAAUCAUCUAAAAACUCUUCAAUAUGAAGUGUCUCGAGAAGCUGCGACAUGA